CACAGCGAAACACGCACGCUCACGUACAGCCUCUGCCGCGCGCUCACACACUGGAUCGGCUGCUCUGCUGCUCUCCUGCCUCCCCCCACACUCACACAUACACACACUCACACAUACAUACACACACGCGCGCACACACACACACCCCUUUCAUAAGGUGCUGGCAGCAGCAGCGUUAGCAGAAGCGACGAUAGCAGCAUCGAAAGAGAGGAGGGAGCCUCGGAGACAAGAUGUAGUCGCGUGAAUGAACGUGUACCCUCGCAGCGCUGUCCUCCUUUGCCGUGGAUUUACCGUGGAACAAAAGAGGAGGACCGUUAUUCUGCAUCUGCAAUUGCCAUUUUUCUACCUUCCCCUCCAUCGCGCCUUUUCUGCCCUCCCCUCGCGCGUGGCGUCGUUUUCGACGGAGGCUAGUGGCAGAGCUGGGGAGGAGGGAGGCUGACAAGGGCUCGUCCGCAGACUGAGAUCACUAAAGCUUCGAGGUCACCUCAGAGGCCAUUCUGCUCUUUCUUCUAUUUUCCCUCUCCCCUUUUCUUCUCGUUCGCAGGCGGGCCUUUUGUUUUCAGCUGACUUGUCCGAGGGGGUUGCCGCCGCCGCCGUGCUGAAUUGGGCUAUUGUUGGACAGGCAGGCCUCUCUCUCUCUCUCCCUCUGUAUCUAUCUCUAUCUAUCUCCAUCUCUCCCUCCAAAAUACUCUCCUUCCUUUAUGUUCCUUUCCUCCUCCUCUGGCUGCCACUUGUCACUCUCCAUCCUUUCAUUGUGAUGCACCUUGCUUAAACUCGUACGCGUAUUCAUCCAUACGCACGCGUCGCCUCCCCCCACCAGCACCCUGCUUUUUCUCAUCCCCGCAGUGCCUCAGAGUUAGCGACGCAAUGUGCCCUUCGUGGCACGUGAAUCCGGAUGUUUGCCAGGGGGUCGGCGGGAUUCGUUCCAGCCAAGGGUGAUGCCUCGGAGGACAGCCCAGCCCAGCGCUCCCACGCCCACCUCCAGCCAGCCCGCCUGUCACUGAGCACGCCCGCCUGCGCCACCACGUGUCAUCCCGAGUUUGUGUGUGUAUGUGUGCAUGCGCGCGUAUGUGUGUAUAUGUGCACGCAUGUGUGCAUGUGCGAGAGCACCCUUACCAUGACUCUGGCCUGAUCCCUGGACUGGGGUGUCCCCUGCAAAUGUGGGGGAGGGACUGAACCUCAGGUCGCUCCCCACCCCCUCCCUCCCCUUACCCCCUUCCCUCUUUCCCCUUUCCCCCCCUUCCACGGGUAACCUGCCCAGCAUGAAGAAGACCCGCAGCACCAACCUCAGGCGGGCCUGGCCCAGCUCGGAUAUAUCGGAGCGGGCCUUGGAGCGCAUCCGCUCUCGUAGUGAGAAGGACUACCACCUCCAUAAGCACUUUCCACCGCCCCCUCCUUCAGCCCACAUCUCCCCUUCUCCGCGGGGCUACAUAACACCAGGUGAUGUAUCUCCUAUCAGUAUGUCACCCAUCAGUCAGUCUCAGUUCAUCCCACUGGGAGAGAUUUUGUGCCUGGCCAUCUCAGCCAUGAACUCUGCCCGCAAGCCUGUCACACAAGAUGCACUGAUGGAGCACCUUUCCACCUGCUUUCCAGGUGUACCCACUCCGAGUCCAGAGAUCCUGCGCCACACACUGAACAUGUUGGUACGGGAGAGGAAGAUCUACCCCACGCCAGAAGGUUACUUUAUUGUUACUCCUCAGACCUACUUCAUCACCCCCUCCCUCAUCCGCACCAACAGCAAGUGGUACCACCUUGACGAGCGGCAUCCAGAUCGACAGCAACAACAACAACAACUUCAGCCACAGCAGCAGCAACAACAGCCACCACCACCACAACAGCAAUGUACAUCACCACAAUCUGGAACCAUCACUCCCUCCACUUCUGGAUGUGUGCGAGAAAGACCUAAUCCUAAGAAUCACAGUGAGUCCUAUAAUGCAUAUCGCGAUGAGCUGACCAACCUUCAUACAUCCACAAUUCAAAGGAAGUCCCCAAAAGAACCCAAAGGAGAUCCCCCUUCAUACCCUCAACCCCCACCCCCUCCACCUGCCAUUCAGCACCCUCCUGAUCCCACAGACAAGAGCAAAAGCAUGACCGCCACCUUUUCUUACAAGACAGACACACUGACCAAGAAAAAAGAGGGCAGUGGUGGGGGGAGCUGUGAGAGGCAGUCUAAGAAGUUUGGGCUGAAGCUGUUCCGCUUGAGCUUCAAGAAGGACAAGACCAAACAACUGGCCACCUUUUCAGCACAGUUCCCUCCAGAGGAGUGGCCCCUGAGGGAUGAGGACACGCCAUCGGCCACAGCUAUACCCCGUGAGGUGGAAAUGGAGAUCAUCCGCCGAAUCAACCCGGACCUGACUGUGGAAAAUGUGGCUCGUCAUACAGCCGUCAUGAAGCGGCUGGAGGAGGAACGUGCUCAGCGCUGUAAGGCCAACUCAUCUGCACAGCACAGUGCCCGAAGUCGGCGCAGUCGAGGCCACCGGCGCGUGCCACAUGGAAAGUCGCGUUCGCACAGCAAGACACGGGCUUCUAGAGGAGACCCCUCUGAAGGCUCAAAUCUUGACCUGCAAGCAGUAAGUCUGGAAAGGGACUACCGUUUCUUUAGCCACUCACUGGUACGCUCACCAAGAGAGGGAAUGUACACGGUGGAACGCAGGAGUGGUGGUGCCUAUCUUGUCCACAGCAACCCCAAUAUUGCUGAGUCGCACUUUCCUGUUACCCCAGAGUGGGAUGUAUCGGGGGAACUUGCAAAGAGGCGGACAGAGAUGCCUUUCCCCGAGCCUUCACGUGGGACAUCACAUUCAAAAGUGCACCGUAGCCACAGUCACACGCAGGACCGCAAGUCACGCAACGAGCGGUCUGAUAAAGCUAAAGAGCGAUCGCGUUCUAUGGACAACUCCAAGGGACCACUGGGAGGUGGGAGCUCUACACUUGGCACAGUUGAAGAUUAUGACCGCAGUCCGGAUGACAGAAGCCGCUAUUAUACUGAUGAUGGGACGCUGAGGGCCUCCUCUCAAAAGGCUCCGCACUACUCGUGCAUCAUGUUCUCUGCGGCAAAGUUCAGCUCUGAAAUGUCUGUACCUGAUAUGGGCAAAUUGAGUCUGGAUGAAUCAAGACUUUGCAGUCCUCUUGAAAGGAAUAAGAGCAGGGACAGCUUGCCAGCCUACAGUGACCUGAAGGCCCUGUCGCCAAAGCCUUUGGCCGAUGACUACUUCCAGUGCAAUACAUCGAAUGAAACAAUCCUUACUGCCCCACUGCCUCUGGGCAAAUCUGACCAUGACACUUUAACCCCAUCUGACGGAAUCCGCAAGGGCUCUCCAGCUGACCGGCAGACACCGCACCUCACCUCGCCUCACUCCUUGGAGUACAAGGAGGACUCCUCUACCAAGGGCCACAAUGGUUCUGGCAAACCCACACCAAGCCAGACCCCUGAGCCUAUGCCCAAUGGACGAUUGUUACAGCACCAACACAACACUGAUCCAGGGGGUGGGGGAGGUGGUGCUAGCACUGGUGGCGGGGUGGACAAGAGGAAAGAGAUUUUCAGUAAGGACACUUUGUUCAAACCGCCACAUAAUAUUUUGACUGUGAGCUAUGUGGACAGCGGCUACUCAAAGUCAGGCACUUUGCGUAAGACUCCUCACAUGAAAUCAUCCGAGGUCCUUGACACUCUGGAGACACAACAGCCACCUAACUCCACCCCUUUGUCUGCUUCUGCUCCAGCACCUACAGGCUCAGAACAAGGUGCCCCCUCAACAUCUGAGGCUGCUUUUGACUAUUACAACGUGUCUGAUGAUGAUGAUGAGGAGGAGGAGGUGGAAGAAGCCCCCCAUAAAGAGGCAGCUCCAACAGAGACAAAGGGACGGUCAGGGGCUGGAGAGAGUGGCGGAGGAGUAGGGACCAUGCAGUGGUUGCUAGAACGGGAGAAAGAGCGUGAUCUACAGCGGAAGUUUGAGAACAACUUGACUCUGCUUAGCCCUAAGGAAAGCGAGAACAAUAACAGCCAGAAGUCGGCUCACUCAGCACGGCUGGACAGCAUGGACAGCAGUAGUGUGACUGUAGACAGUGGGUUUAACUCCCCUCGCACACGGGAAAGCUUGGCAUCCAACACCUCGAGCAUCGUGGAGAGUAACCGGCGACAGAAUCCGGCCCUAAGUCCAGGCCACAUGGGUACCACCAGCAUCGGCCCCCCAUUCAGCUUCCGCGCAAUCCCAGAGCCCCCUACAACGCAACCUGAGAAACUGCAGAAAUCCCCCAACUGCCUUGCCUCCAUCACCAGCGUCUGACAUGGGCCCACCUGGGGUGACGUAGGGUCAGGGUGAUCUGCAAUCUUGGGGUGCCACAGUGCAGGAGGUUGGGUGACUCCCUCCAUCAAGCACCUCGACUAUAUGGGGACUGUUAAACCCACAGGCAUGACUUCCAGAGACUGUUCCUACAGCAUAAAAGGUCACUGCAAAAAAGAACAGAAAAGGGGGAAAAUCAUAAGGAAAUUUCUCAUCAUAGGAUUUACCUUAACAAGCAAUUAAUCAGGAAAUUCUCCAGUUGGAAUCAAUCAUUAUUUUCAAAAUAGUAACUGGUAAUUUAACAUUGCUUUAUUUUUAUUGCUUUAUGUCCGUCACAGAUUAGAGAUCAUCCUGCCGUUGGAUUACGUUUUGCACGCAUUAAGAAAUGGAUGCCGAUGUGCAGGUCUGAGGUAUUAACGAUGAAGAUUUGUGAUAUUGGUAUACAGUGCAAGUUUAAAAAAUGAGGCGUCAUUUAAUUCAUGGUUCAUAAAGUUGUAUAAUAUUCCGAAAAAAUAAACCCAUUCAUCAUAAUGCUAUUAGCAACAUUGAUAAAACAAUAAGAAUCACAUGCGUACAUGCUUAUUACAAACAACACAUAGAUGAAUUAGUGGAAAAAAUGAUCUCGUUCUAAAAGGAUUUAUUUAGGACAAAGGACUAUUGAUUUUUUUUUUAAACCCAAACUUGUGCAUACAAGUACUUUGUAUGCAACUUUACAUUACCUAAUGGAUUUACCUGGUUCAUAAAAGUUUAUAUCCAUAUUUAAUCUCAGGUCAUAAAUAGUUACUCUCCUAAGAAGAAGUUAAAACAUUUGUCUGGAAUCAUGUUUCUCUGGAUCAUUUCACCAAACCUUUGUUUCUUUAGGAAUAAAACAAUGUAUCUGAUUUUAAUUAUGUCACAAUUUUGCUAUUAGUUUCAUUUAUUGUGAUUUUUCCUUUUAGAAAUGAAAUACAAAUGUGAACCAGACACCUAAUCUCAUGAACCAGAACACAUUGUUGGUUUGGAAACAUGCUUGUCUUCUGUGUAGCUCAAUGUCUUGCUGUGUAAAAGAAGGAGGAUGUUGGAAAUCGCAGUGACAGGAACACAGGUGUUGUGUCUAUAACAUCCAUAGCUCCAUGGAAAGGUCAUGCCAUUCUCUUCCUUUGGGCCAGUGGGAUUCAAAGACUCUGCCCUUUUGCUGCUCCGAUAAAACCUUUAUUUUCGCAUAUUUUCCUACUUGAGUUCAAUCCAAACCACAGUGAUUCUUAUUUUUAGGUUCGUUUAUUUUUUUUUGUUCCUGACCUGUGUAAAAACUACAGUCCAUAUUCUUCAUGCUUUUAUUAAAUGUUUGUUUUGGUUGGAUCUGAUUAAGUUAUGUAAGAAUAAUUUGCUCCACUAUUAUUCAAUGUCAGAGCUGGAUUACGUACCAUUUUGAUCCAUGAGCGACGGCCCAUUUUCCAAGAUUGAAUUAAACAUUAAAAUACUUGAUUUGAACAUUUGGACUAUGGCUUUAACUGUUUGGCAUGACAUGUCAAGAGCGCACCGGAUCUCGUCUCUUCUGGCGGUGAGGAUCGGGAAAGAGAGCAGAGCUCAUGUCACAUCCAUUGGUGCUAUUAUGUGGUGAUUCUCCCUUUUUUUUACGUUCUGUUUGUUUUGUAUGCUUCAUUGCUUUCUGAUGAUCCUCAAGUGGGACUUCUUGUUGUAUUUGAGUCACUCUGAAUAUUAUCCACACAUACACAUGCACACGUCUGCAAUCAGCCAUGCAAACAACCCCACAUACAUGCACAUAACUAGCUACCUCCACCACCUGUGUAACAACAAGGUAGGGAUGUGUACAGAUUUGGAUUCUUUGCCUGUGGAACACAGCGCUGACACAGCCUCUUCUCUGUGAAUGUUGACAAGGAGCGGCGGACAUUGUAACUAAGAGGACUUAUUCGAAAUAAUCAGUAUUAAGUGCUGUAGUUUAAACUCAAUUUUUCUCAGUUUUCGACAGAAGUGUCUUUUACUUAUUUGCAAGUUUAAAUGUAUAAAUCUGUCAAGCAUUAACGAAACAUUUAAAUUUUGAUUUUUAUCCCUUCAGCCAUUUUCAGUUCUUUUAAGGUUUAUCUACUUUAAGCCCAGUGAACAAUUCUCAAAUUCUAGUUUAUUGACAAUGCAACUAGACAGAGGCAAGGGUCGCAUUCACAUCCUUCUGCAUAUUCCAGAUAAUAUGAGCUAUAAUAAGCACCUCAACAUACACAAUAUUCCCAAUUAAAUCACAUUGGCUUAAUGUUAGGCUUACUCUAAGCCCAAAUCGAAAAGAGUUUACUUGCAGUGUGAACCUGCUUUUUGGCAAUACUGAUUUGCAAUAGUAUUGUUUUCAGUUUCCCACCUAAAUUGAUGAGGUCUGUGGUUAGGAUGAAUAUGAAAGAUAAGAGCCUCAUAUAUUUAAUGGUAAUUAUAUAUUAUUGCUAGACAUCAUAGAAAUACAUCUGAGCAAGCACCUCAUAACAUCUAUAAAUAGAUCUAUUAAUGUAUAAUUUCGCAAGAGCUUUACUUAAAACACUUUAUAAUCACUUAUUUCAGUUUACUGUACCCAGUCUAACUUGAAUCAGUAGUAAAACUGUCAGAAGAUGCAUUUUGGUUUUCUGUCACAUAUUUAGUUUUAAUUUCAACCCCCCCCCCCCCCUUCACCAUCUGAUAAUCAUAUUUCUCUUUUGUUUCUCGCUUUAGUUUUUGAUAGACAAAAGGGAGUAAUGCAGCCAAGACUGCCUUGUAAAAAACAUGUUUGCACUGAAAUGCCUGGCCUCUGGUUGCUGUUAAGUUCAUCCAAGACGGAUGCUUUGUUUAUAUUGUAAAAUAUUUCAUAUGAAAUAAAAAUGACCAUGAAAUGUCUUCCCUAAACAUUAUGGAUUUUAGAACCACGUCAGACAACAUUGUUUCUAAAUGGUGACAGUGUACAGUAUCAUACUGUAAAUGAAAUCAAUCUGCCAUGCUUAGUAUAACUUCAAAAGAAAACUGAAAGAUAUGAGGGAUCUUUUUGUAAUGUCUAUAAUAUUUGAAAAGAAGUCCCUAUUUGUGUAGUAAUGGUGUUUCAUCGUUGUGGUAGUGUAUGUGAUAAACCCAGUUGGGAGAUUGUGUUACUUUUUAAGACAAUAAAAUAACAUGUUUGGUUA